AUGGCCUUGAACAAUUCUACUCGCUGCAGCGUCUCCGAUAAUGAUAUCAAGUUCUACCAAGAAAAGGGAUAUCUUCGUUUAUCUCUACAGGAACACGGCUUGUUUCAAGACCUGACCGAGUUGCAGCAGUCAGUAGCUGACAUUUUCCAAUGGGGCCUAGACAAGGGGAAAUGGCGGCACUACUACGAAACGACUGACGGGAAGCACAUACUCUGGGGUACCGAGAAGAUCAUGGAGUAUUCAACACUAAUGCAGAAUCUGAUCGCGGGCGACCGAACCCUGUCACUUCUCGAGGCGCUGACGGGCCGAGACAUGGUCGUCUUGAAGGAUGAGAUCGGGUGGAAGUUGCCGGGUGGGAAGGGCGCGGCGCCUCACCUCGAUCGGCCCGCCUACUCUCAGUUCGCGCCCGAGUUUGUCGAGAUGAUGGUCGCCGUCGACGCCCACACGGGACAAAACGGGUGCUUAGAGUUCGUCCCGGGCUCUCACAACGAGGCCGUGCCCAUCUCGGCGGACGGCCGCAUCGAGCAGACUUGGCUCAAGGGCAGGGAGUUCGUUCCCAUGCUUCUAGACGCCGGAGAUAUCCUCGUAUUUAACGAGAGCAUGGCGCAUCGGCUGGCGCCCAACGCCUCCGAUAAGAGACGCGCGGCGGUCUUUGGCACAUACCACUUCGAUCCGUCCCAGGCCUAUCUGCGCGACGAAUUAUAUGCGCAUAGGCUUGUUCACAGUCCCCCGGAAAACGGUAAGGCGUUCAAGGAUCCUUUUCCCGAUGAGAUAAGAACAUUAUUAAGCCAAUGGCCUGGAGGCUGGAGCUGA